CUUGUCCGCCUUCAUUGGAGAAAUGACUUGACGUGGUAUGACCUAGGAUGGUAUGGGCUUGCACCAACAGCCCAAUAUCAGUCCUUUGACCAUCCGAUACCAGCCAUUGAGUUCCUCCAACAAGAUGCUCGAUGCAGUCAAGACUACAUAUUCCUUGCACCUCGAGGGCCCCUAGUGGCAGAACCAGGUGGUGUCAUCUUGGACACAGUGGGCGAUCUGGUAUGGCGCCAGAUAGACCAGGGAGGUGACACUCACGACUUGAGAGUACAAGAAUACUUUGGCGAGAAGUACUUGACAUUUUGGGUUGGGGAAGAAAUCGGAGGCCGUAAACAAGGCUCCUGGUUCAUGAUGGACAACACCUACACCAUCCGACACGAGAUUUUUCCUGGCGGGGACUACGAUACCGGAGAUAUGCACGAGUUUCAAAUCACGACAGACAACACAGCCUUGAUCACCAUAUACGAGCCUAUUGUGGCGGACCUUAGCUCUAUCGGAGGUCCAUCCGAAGGCUACUUGCUGGACAGCAUUUUUCAAGAAAUUUCAAUCAGCACUGGCGAAAUUCUAUUCGAGUGGUCAGCUUCUUCCCAUGUUCCUCUGGACAACACAUUUUGGACCACCAAACUCUGCAGAGAUGACUCCAACACCGCGUUCAACGGGUGUGGCCACAAUGAGGAUUCUGCUUUUGACUUUUAUCACCUAAACAGCGUCGAAAAAGAUGAACAAGGCAACUAUCUAAUCUGUGGACGAAAUGUACACACAGUUAGCUUCAUCAAUGGUGUUACAGGGGAGAUAAUAUGGAAUUUGGGCGGGCCAAACAACGAAUUUGAAGAUCUGUCGGAUGGGGAUGCAACAAACUUCUCAUGGCAGCACCAUGCGCGCUGGUACGAAUAUGGGCGAAGCAUAUCGUUGUUCGAUAACGGAGGCUCGACGAUUGAGGCUGCGUCCGAAAGCAGGGGGAUUCUUCUCGACCUCGACAUUGACCGUCGCACUGCGACUUUACGAGUUUCAUACUACCACCCUCAGCAGAUGAGAUCACUGUCUCAAGGAGACGUGCAAAUAUUGGAAGACACUGGAAAUGUCUUCAUCGGAUGGGGGCGAAGUGCUGCUAUCACCGAGUUUAGCUCUGACGGAGAGGUCUUGUGUGAUGCGAGAUUCGGGGCUUCAGUUUUCUUCUCGUUCGGCCUAGUGACUUCAUACCGGGCUUUUCGUCACUCUUGGGCCGGCAAACCGACUACUCAACCAGACGUCGUUGUUGUAGAUGAUGCUAUCUACGUGAGUUGGAAUGGUGCAACCGAAGUCACCAUUUGGCAAUUGGUGGCGGCAGACGAAGACGAAGAUGAACAAGAGGUGGAGUUUGACAUCAUUUCCCAGACUUUUCGAGAGGGAUUUGAAACUGAAAUCAGAAUUCCGACUCGGGAGCAGUAUUCUGCCAUCCGGUUACUGGCGUUGGAUGUUGAGGGCAACGUUCUCGGCAUUUCUAACGUGAUUGAUUGCGACUCUAGGGUUGAG